AUGGCGGUGCACACUCGCAAAAGAUACGAAAUUAAAAUGUUAAGCACGAUUUGCGAAUCGUACAUCAUCGAUCAGUUAAGUAAGAAAAAUGUCUGCGCCAUUCACGAUUUCGCCUGCAAAAUGAAUUCCACUCGGAUACAACAUCGUUGCUGGGAAAUUUUCGAUACGUAUUGGCAGGAGAUAUUCGAAGGAGAAGAUUUCAAAUCAUGCGACACUGCGACAAUAGACAGGUUAGUGUCUCGACCGUUAUACACAAGUAUGGACGAAGUGGAUAUAUUUUUGGCCGUCUACGAGUGGAUAGAAGAGAAGACCAAACGAGAGAUGAGACCGUCAUUUGUUCAAAUGAACGAAACCUCGAAGAAACGAAAGUAUCGAGAAGAAAUGCAACCGUUUCUUGAGAAAAUCAGAUUCUUAGCCAUGAACAAACAAGAAUUAACAAAUAAGAUAUUCAAAUUUAAUAUUUUUACUGACGAAGAAGAAAAAUCUAUUCUACUCUGUCAGGAAACUAGAAAUUAUUCCUAUUAUCCGAGCUAUUUCAGUAAAAUAUCAAACGACAGAUGCAGAAGUAAAUAUUCAAAUUACGCUCCUCUAUUUGAGUUUCAACACAUAAAAGAAUUUCCUCGCGUAACCAAAGAGAGCAAAAAGCCAUUUACGUAUUUCAGCACCGAGAUAUUUGUAAAGGAAGAUUGUUUCAUCACUAAUCUCGACCUUCCCAUUACUCUUAAAAGAGAAUACAUACCGAUACGAAUUUAUGGCUACGUAAAUUCCGUAGAAAGUGGUUUUCUUCAUUUUCAAUCUUUCUGCAACUCCCAAGGAAAAGUACAGUUGGAUAAUCCCGUAUUCAUUGGGAAAAAUUCCACUUGUCGUUUGUCCGCAGUUUUAGCUCAAGAACAUUGGCUCGACAAUAACAUAAAAUUUCAUUUACGAUCCACAGAAACUUUCUCUACCCCGAAACCAUCCAAAGGAGUGUUAUUUGAAGAGAAAUUGAUUACAGAUGGAAUAAUUGAAAAAGAAAGUGAUAAUUUUUACUUCCUCGUCUACUUGUAUUUCUAAAAAGCAUUCAUACACUAUCCUACUUAUAUAAAUUGGAAAAAAAACGUA